CCUCGAGGGAGAGCUGGAGCGCUCAGAGGAGAGGGCAGAGGUAGCAGAGAGCCGAGUGAGACAAUUGGAAGAAAACCUGCGGACCAUGGACCAGACUCUCAAAUCCCUCAUUGCCUCAGAGGAAGAGUAUUCCACCAAGGAGGACAAGUAUGAGGAGGAAAUCAAGCUUCUAGGUGAAAAGCUGAAGGAGGCUGAGACCCGUGCGGAGUUUGCAGAGCAGUCUGUGGCGAAGCUGGAGAAAACCAUCGAUGAUCUAGAAGAGAGUCUGGCCAGUGCCAAAGAGGAGAACGUGGGCAUUCACCAGGUCCUGGAUCAGACCCUGUUGGAGCUGAACAACCUCUGAGUUGCCCUGGGGAGCCCCUGUCCCUCUUCCCUACCCCACAUGUGCACCCCACUGGCAUGCUCAGGAUGUCAUCAGCUGAACUGUGUCUUGGCCAAAUCCACACAUCCACUGAGAAGGGAAGCCCUGCAACCUUACACCAUGGCUCAGGGGUGUCUUCUCUGUGCACAGCCUGACUGGCUCUGUCCUGUCUUCAUGUCCAAAUAUUAAAGUAGUUUGACAAGA